AGGAAACACUGCCCGGGAGUUGCCGGAGGGAACGCAGGACCGAUCCGCGGUUGCCCCUUGCUUCGCUCCGUCCUUUUUCGGCUUUCCCUUUCGCUUUACUCCGGUAUCUCUGGUAGACGUCCUGCCUUAAACUACCGCGAAAGGGAGGGAAGAGCGGAAGCAUGUCCAACCCGGAGAAGAGGAUCUUAUCCCGCCCCUUGGCCCCCCUGGCUGCAGCGCCCGGGGAAAAGCCCGGCUCCGGCAGCCGCCCGCUCCACUCCCAUGGCCAGAGCGGUGGAGGUGGAGGCAGCGGCGGGUCUCCUCCUCCUCCCCCCGCUCCUGGAGGCGACUCGGCUGCCUGCAGCUUCCUCUCUCUCCUAACAACCACCAGCAGCAGCAGGAGCCGCGCUACAGGCACAGCCUCCUCCGCCGUCUCCGCCAGCAUCGUCUCUAGAGCGGCAGCGGCUCCUUUCCUCGUUCCAGUUCCCUCCUUCUCCUCCGCUUCUCCAUCUUCUUUUUAUUUCUUGCCGCCGCCUCCUCGUUUCCCCUCCUCAUUUUCCUUUAACCUCACAAGUCUCCAAGGGAGGGAAGGAGGAGGAGAGGCAGCGAAAGCGGCAGGAGGAGGAGGUGGAGGAGGAGGAGGAGGAGGAAGAGAUGCUGGCGGAGCAGCAGCGGCAGCAGCUCACUUGAUCGCCCAUCCAGGCGGCAGCGGCAGGAGGAGACUCUUCUGUUCUUCCUCCAUCCAGGGCUUGCUGCUCCGUUCCGCAGCCGGCAGCCCCCGGCAGCAGCACUCCCGGCUCCUCCUCUCCCCAGCCGCCUCUCGCCCGUGGUCCUGCAAUUCCCUCGGUGCUGCAGCAGCAGCAGCCCGCGGCGACGGGAUCCGAGGAGGCGACGGCCCCGGCGGGAGCAGGACUCCUAGGCGGCAGCAGCGGCAGAGAGGCGCCUUCUUCUCCUUCUCGUCUCCCCUGCUCCUAGGGCCAGACAUGGAAGAUGGAUCUAAUUCUGCAAGCUGCUUUAGGAGGUUUACGGACUGUUUCUUGAAUACAAGCUUAACAGAUGAAAAAGUGAAGGCGUAUCUUUCUCUUCACCCCCAGGUACUGGAUGAGUUUGUGUCAGAAAGUGUAAGUGCAGAAACUGUGGAAAAAUGGCUAAAAAGGAAAAAUAACAGACAAGAAGAUGAAACGGCUCCUAAAGAAGUCAGCAGGUACCAGGAUACAAAUAUGCAAGGCGUGGUGUACGAAUUAAACAGCUACAUAGAGCAGCGCCUGGAUACAGGAGGAGAUAACCAACUGCUUCUGUAUGAACUGAGCAGCAUCAUUAAAAUAGCUACGAAAGCUGAUGGAUUUGCACUGUAUUUCCUGGGAGAAUGUAAUAAUAGUCUGUGUGUAUUUACACCACCAGGAGCUAAAGAAGGACACCCACGACUCAUUCCUGCAGGGCCCAUUGCACAUGGCACUACAGUAUCUGCUUAUGUAGCCAGAUCCAGAAAAACAUUAUUAGUAGAAGAUAUUCUGGGGGACGAGCGAUUUCCCAAAGGUACUGGACUGGAGUCGGGGACCCGUAUCCAAUCUGUUCUGUGUUUGCCAAUUGUCACAGCAAUUGGUGACCUGAUUGGUAUCCUGGAGCUUUACCGUCACUGGGGCAAAGAAGCCUUCCACCACAGUCACCAAGAGGUUGCAACAGCGAAUCUUGCAUGGGCUUCAGUAGCAAUACAUCAAGUACAAGUGUGCCGGGGCCUUGCCAAGCAGACUGAACUGAAUGACUUCUUGCUUGAUGUAUCAAAAACUUAUUUUGAUAAUAUAGUUGCAAUAGAUUCUCUACUUGAACAUAUAAUGAUAUAUGCAAAAAACCUGGUGAAUGCAGAUAGAUGUGCACUCUUCCAGGUUGACCACAAAAAUAAGGAGCUGUAUUCAGAUCUUUUUGAUAUUGGAGAAGAAAAUGAUGGAAAACCCGUCUUCAAGAAGACCAAAGAAAUAAGAUUUUCUAUAGAAAAAGGAAUAGCUGGUCAAGUGGCAAGAACAGGAGAAGUCCUUAACAUCCCUGAUGCCUAUGCAGAUCCACGCUUUAACAGAGAAGUAGACCUCUACACAGGCUACACAACCAGAAAUAUCCUGUGUAUGCCUAUUGUGAGCCGAGGAAGUGUAAUAGGAGUUGUGCAGAUGGUGAACAAAAUAAGUGGAAGUGCCUUCUCAAAAACCGAUGAGAACAACUUUAAAAUGUUUGCAGUCUUUUGUGCUUUAGCCUUACACUGUGCUAAUAUGUACCACAGAAUUCGUCAUUCAGAGUGUAUUUACCGUGUAACAAUGGAGAAGCUGUCCUACCACAGUGUUUGUACAGCAGAGGAGUGGCAAAACCUCAUGCACUGUACACUGCCUUCACAUAUUUAUAAAGAAAUUGAGCUAUACCAUUUUGAUAUCAGUCCAUAUGAAGAUGUUUGGCCUGCCAUUUUUGUCUAUAUGGUUCACCAGUCCUGUGGGACAGCCUGCUUUGAACUUGAAAAGCUGUGCCGAUUUACUAUGUCUGUAAAGAAGAACUAUCGCCGUGUGCCCUACCACAACUGGAAGCACGCAGUUACCGUCGCACAUUGCAUGUAUGCCAUACUGCAGAACAACCAGGGGCUUUUCACUGAUCUAGAGCGAAAGGGUCUUUUAGUUGCAUGCCUGUGUCAUGACCUGGAUCACAGAGGUUACAGCAACAGCUAUCUUCAGAAAUUUGAUCAUCCCUUAGCUGCUCUCUAUUCCACAUCAACGAUGGAACAACACCACUUCUCACAGACUGUGUCCAUCCUGCAGCUGGAAGGGCACAAUGUCUUCUCCAAUCUGAGCUCCAGCGAAUACGAGCAAGUACUCGAGAUCAUCCGGAAAGCCAUCAUUGCCACAGACCUUGCCCUGUAUUUUGGGAACAGAAAACAACUUGAAGAGCUGCAUCAGACAGGAGCGUUAAACCUUAAGAACCAAACACACAGAGAUAGAGUGAUUGGCCUGAUGAUGACAGCUUGUGAUCUGUGUUCUGUAACAAAGUUGUGGCCAGUUACCAGACUGACAGCCAACGAUAUAUAUGCGGAAUUCUGGGCUGAGGGUGAUGAAAUGAAGAAAACAGGGAUUCAACCUAUUCCUAUGAUGGACCGAGAUAAGAAAGAUGAAGUCCCUCAGGGUCAGAUUGGGUUCUACAACGCUGUAGCCAUCCCAUGUUACACCACCCUUGCACAGAUCUUUCCUCCAACUGGGCCACUACUCCGAGCAUGCAGGGACAACCUCAACCAAUGGGAGAAAGUAACAAGAGGUGAGGAAGCCUCUAUAUGGAUUUCUUCUCAAUCCCUUGCUCCUGGGACCUCAGAUUCUCUUCCUGUGAAGAUUGAUGACUGAACAGUAGCAACAGAUUGCUUUAACCUGAAAAGCACCCCUUCUUGUUUUGGGGAUUGUUUUUUUGUUUUGUUUCGUUUUUAUUUGAAGAGGAAAAAAAAAAAAAAAAAAGGAAAAGGAAAGCUACAAAAUGCUAAGUAGACCUGCCUAGGAAGGUAACACCCAUGGAGUUACCUCAGGUGAAUGACUCUGGCAGCCAAUCUCCUGACCUACACCAGUGACACAACGUAAACAGAGGGAACGUGACAAACCAGAUGUUUUGGAGUCAGCUAUCAAAAGAGAACUUACAGCUUGUGAAUAUAAAAGACUGGCCUUAUCUCAUGGGCUACAUUGCUGAGGCCUUAAUUUAAAACUGAUGGGGGUGGGGGGGAAUCUCAUGGGGUACUUCUAAAUUGUAUCUUUCUAGUAAGGGUUUCAAUGGUACUUUUAUUAUACCGUACUGUGGCUGGCUUUAGCACCAGUGUCACUUGGGAGUUCUUGGCUAUAAAUAGAACAAUAUACCCAUUGCUAUUGUGAAUGUUUAUGCGUGAUCUACUUGUAAUCAGUUUGAACUCCAGCAGAAUCCUUGGAGACUAUAAUUUAUGCUUAGGUUACAGUGAAUUCUCUUGCUGCAAACUAACGGAAAACCAACAUUCAGGUUGAAGUUUUAAAGUACUUCAUUAAGCAUCAUGAUACCAAUUGUCUAUCACUCACAAGGGAAAUGUUGAUAGAACUAGUGAUGGUGCUUUGUUCUUUAGGAUGUUUUUUAAACCUAGACAACUCCUCCCUUAAAACACUGGAAGUACUGGAUAAUUAUCUCUGAUACGAGAGGGAGUUUCAGGUUGGAGUUUUUUGUAUCCAUAAUGACAGAAAUAUCAGAUUAAAAUUUAAAUGUGACAGCAAAGAUUUCCUUGCCUAGCUCACAAGUAAGUCAUCAGUUUUAUUUCUACCUAUUGAGCUGUAUUUUAAAAGGUAUUGGAGACAUACCUGAAGUAUCCUAUCUGCUGGGAACAAAAGCCUUGUCAGAAAAGUCAGGUCUGGUAAGAGGGAUUGCGGUACCAUCACAAUAAAUCAAAAAUGUGUUUGUAUUGACUAGCUUUUGUGUUGCACAGUGACACUGCAUGUCUUCUACUCCUUCCCCCCCCCAUGCCAAGAUGAGUGAAAUUAAGAAACUUCUCCAUUUUGUCUGUUUGUUUUUUCCCCUAGUUAGCAAAAUUUCCAGGUUUAGAAAUGCCUUUCUUAGUGAAAGAAUAGCUGACUGAAGAAAAGUACGCUAAAUGGUGUGUUUACAGUUCUGUGCUGACUUAGGCCUCACCUUACAAACUUAUGCACAGACUUACAUGUAAUGCCACUCUUUUAAAUUUAGUGCAAUUGUACAGAAUAUGUUUCACAACACUUAAUUUGCCUUUGUCUUUCUCUUAAAAAUAAUGAGAAAAAAAUCUUCAUAGUGAUCCACACAAUAGGUGAAAACAGUCUUUGCAUACCUUUCACAUACAGCCUAUACUGCAUUUAUGUGCUUUUUCACAGAUAAUGCGCUCUUGUGGAGGUUCCGUGAUAACAUGGCCAUUGUGUAACUGCAACAAGUAAUGGUAGUGACCUAAAGACAGAACACAGGUUCUCCUUUUCCAUCUCCUGUCUUUUGGGCUCUCUUGCUCUUAUAGGCACGCCAGCUUUUGGGUUUCAUGCGAACAACUUGGCCUCUUGAGUUUUGCCUUCUGUUAUGGUCGAGCACAUGCCAGUAUCUGUUUAUGUGUACAGUACGUGAUCUGCAGUCGCAUAAUGUAUAAAUGCACCUAAGCCUUUGCUGUACAUAGAGAUCCCACAGGCUGAAAAUUCAGUAUGAACUUUUCUAUUUGUAUGAUGCAUGUUACCUAGCAACAGCCCUGUAAUUUUUUUUUUUUUUUUUUUUUUUUUUUUUUUUAGUUUGCCUUACCGAUUCUAAGUGCAGAAAUUCUUUGGUAAUCACAGCAAACUGGUUUGGUAUUGAAAAAGAGCAAAAACAAAAACAAACAAACAAAACCCACCACCACCACCACCAAAAAAAAAAAAAAAAAAAAAGAAAAGAAAAAAAAAAGGAAAAAAAAAUGGCAGGAAACAAUUACACCGAAGUAGAAUGAACAUUAUCUAAUGCUGUGUCCUCUACUUUCCUCCUUAGCCGUUCUGUUUCACCUAAAUAAUGCAGAUGCAACUUUUCAUCCACUAAGUAUUUGAAACAGAAUCCAUGGUUGGUUCCUAAUCUACAUGGAAAUUACCUAAAUCUGUGGUGGCUACAAAAAUGCUUUUUGAAAUUCAGAUACCCCAACAACUGGAUGGAAUGUUUUCCUUUGUGGGUUAAGUAUAUUUGCUUAGGCAUAUUUGCAUUAAAUAUAUGUGCCAUUAUUUUCCCUUUUUUUCUGCUUUCCAUUUAAAAAUGCUGAUCUUAAAAGCUUUGUAAAAGUAUUCCUUAUCACCCUAUAUCUGUGAGUAUGGAAAGCUUUUCAUCCAUCUUAUACUGACAGUAAAGAUAACUUCAGUAGCUCUGUUUUCUACUGUUAAAAAUGUUUGGCAGUGUCACACACUAUGUUGUGUUUUGAAGUUUAUAAGUACUGGUAGAGGGCAUGUUUCCCUGGAAAAUGUGUCAAAUUGGUAAUAAGUUGUUCUAUUAAUGUCUGAAGUGAAUCAGCUACUGUUUCUAAUACAGAACUAUCCAAACCACUUAAAAUAUGUUUGCUAUAGUAUAAUGUGUAUUAGAAUUUGAAAAAAUUGGCUCCAGUGGCUGUGGUUUGGUUUGAUUUCCUGGUGUGUAAAAGGAGAAAGGUCAUGACAAGAUAUUACUCCUUGUUAGGACCUAGACACUAGUCAUGAUGAGCUUUUUUUUUUUUAAGAAAAUGUAGUCUGUCAUAGCAUUUACAGAGUACAGAUUUGUAUGUGUAAAUAUUUUGCAGGAAAAAACACUUGUACCUGCACUUCAAAGUCAAACCCACAAAAAGCUAGAACUUCAGAGAUUAAUUUCAUGGCUCAAAGACAUGUUGAGAUUUAAUUGUUCAAAGAUCGGGACUCAAACUCAUGAUUAGUUAAGAUGUCUAGGUUUGUAAGACGUCUGACUCAUUAAGUUAAAUUGUCAAAAGUCAUUCCUCCUUGCCGUUUUAUCCUGGUAGAACUUAUCUUGCCCAAAAGAAUGUAUGAAAAGCUUAACACUUCUAGGAAAGGAAAGAUCUGUUAGAUUUUUAUAUUCCUAGAAUUGCAUUUUUCUUAAUAAUAAUUCCAGCUGCUUUUCCCUCCUACAUCUAGUAAAGGUAAAAGCAUUGUUUGAGGUUGUAACUGAGGUUUUCUAAUGUAUUUUGAAAAGGUGCCUGAAAGGUAUGCACUGAGUGAGAAAAAUAGUUGACAUAGCAUUAUACUCAUCUGAGAUGUUGCAUAUUUUAUUACAGCAUGACAAAUUCCAUUGUUACAAAUAAUCUAUGAAUUUUGCAUGGUUUUGCAAUAUUCUGCUGUAAUGGUUCGACUCAUGGCAGUAAUUAUUUUGCUAUAAGAGAUCAUUAGAUAAAUGAUCAGGUUUUAGCGGGAGUGUAUGAUCAGGCAUAUUAAAUUGGAGGGGACAUGCAGAGUGGAAUUCACAGAUUUCUUUCCUAUAUCUAAACUUAAAACAGUGUGAUCAGUUUGCUGUGACUGCACUUAGAACAUGUAGUGUAAAAAUUGUAGGAGUAGCAAAAAGCACUAUUCAUGUUAAAAAAUAGAGAUUAUUAGAUGCUCAAAUCAAUCAUGACCCUCUUGAAAUAAUGCAUUUGCCUCAAACACUGUGAUAUUGGACCAGUUCUGUGAAGUGGAACAAUUAAUAUAUUAAUUCUAAACACAGAAAAGGCUUUCUGCACACUUCUACAAGGAAGUUCAUGUUCAAACUUUAGGUUAUAUAUCCCAACCUAGCAAAGGCACAUCAUAACUUUUGUUUGCUUUCUGACCAAAAACUGUGCUCGAUUGUAAUACGGGUGUAUACUCUGUCAAAUAAACCUAAAGUAAC